UCCACACACAAAUCAAUAAUCAUAUCCAAAUUUCUGCAAUUCUCUCUCUCUCUCUCUCCAGCCUAGGCGGUUCUAGUUCUUGAGAGAGGAUUCGCGCAAGCGCAGGCAGGCGCAGCUGGUCAUUGUCGAAGCGUCUCGAGCCAUGAGACGGUCCAGAUGAAUUUUGAAUUUCAGAGGUAUAUUCCUUGGUUUGGAUCCCAUCCAAACAAGGAUAUAUCAUCGCCUAUCACAUGUACCAGUACCCUGAUAGAUGCACCUAAUAAGAAGGGUAACGAGUCCAGAUUCUGGGAAUGGUCUCUUUUUACAUUUAUUCCUUGGGCUAUGAGAGCCACAGAUAAAAUUCAGCUGCCAGCAACUGUCAAUAAGGGGCUAAAAAAGCGUGGACAGCCUCGUGCAGACAUUGAAUCUUUCACGGAGUAUUCUAGCAUAAGGUUCAGGCCCUAUGUUUCAAGGGUUCCAUGGCAUACAGGUCCAAGAGGUUUUCUUUCUCAAUUAUUUCCACGAUACGGGAAUUACUGUGGGCCCAACUGGUCGAGUGGGAAAGAUAGCGGAUCGCCUAUCUGGGACAAAAGGCCAAUUGAUUGGUUGGACUUCUGCUGCUACUGCCAUGACAUAGGAUACGAUAGUCAUGAUCAGGCCGAGCUUCUCAAGGCAGACCUGGCAUUCUUAGAGUGCUUGGAGAGGCCGAAUAUGAGCACGAAAGGAGAUCCUCAUGUGGCCUAUCUGUACAAGUUUAUGUGCAUUUCAGGGCUUAGGAGUGUAUUAAUACCUUACAGACAGCAGCUUGUGAAGUUGCAGACUGGGAAGCAAUUCCUUCCUCCAAUGUGGCUCAGCAAAAAUAUGAAAUGGAAAGGUUGGAAAUUAGAUUAAUGGGUUGAUUAGUGUAUCUCUGUACAUACUUGAUAGAAACUCUUUUUUUAGAUUCCAAUUCGUGUAAAUAAAGGACUACUCCAUUAUUCACUA